AACUAAACAGACAUUUGACCUGUGGCAUUAUUCUAAUUUCUCAAUUGUUCAUCUGGAAUUUGACAUAAUGACAACUCAAACCAGCACAAUCACACCGACGGGAACCACUCCCCCUUCCUUCUUCGAGACAGCCCCAUACAUUCCUCCCGAUGCUAUCUUUGCUCUAACUGCAGAGUACAAUGCCGACACGUUCACCCAGAAAGUGAAUCUCGGGCAAGGAACCUAUCGUGAUGAAAAUGGACAGCCUUGGGUUCUGCCUUCGGUGCGGAAGAGUCGCGAGAUGCUCGUUGGACAGGGUCUGAAUCAUGAGUAUCUGCCGAUCUUGGGUCUUCAGGCGUUUCGCCAGGAGGCAAGCAAGAUGGCAUUAGGCUCGGGGCUGUACGAGAGGAUCCAAUCUAGGCUCGCAACCUGCCAAGGCCUCUCUGGCACCGGGUCUCUUCAUCUAGCAGGCCUACUCCUUCGAAGCUGCCGUGCCCCUUUACCAAAGAUCUACAUCCCUAGUCCCACAUGGUCGAACCAUCACCAAGUCUUCUCCUCCCUCGGGUUCACCUGUGAAUCCUUCGGAUACUACGACGACGCCCAGAAGAAUCUAGAUAUCGACAGCUACUACUCUGCCCUGAAACAGGCCGAGCCAGGCUCAGUCGUUAUUCUUCACGCGUGCGCGCAUAAUCCGACCGGCUGCGAUCCUAGCAAGGAGCAAUGGAAGGAAGUCGGCCGUAUCAUCAAGGAAAAGAGACUAUUCCCUCUCUUCGAUGCAGCAUACCUUGGUUUCAAUUCAGGCAAUAUCGAUGAUGACGCUUUUGCGAUUCGGUAUUUUGUUGAUGAUUUGGACUUGGAGGCGGGUGUAUGUCUGUCGUUUGCGAAGAAUAUGGGGCUGUAUGGAGAGCGCACGGGUUGUCUGUUCUUCGUAGCUCAUACAGACAAAGCUGCUACCAAUACACAGUCGGUGCUCGAGAUGCUACAGCGGUCUGAAGUCUCAAACCCGCCCGCUUAUGGAGCCAAGAUUGCUGCUACGAUCUUGUCGGAUCAGCAACUCAAAGCGCUCUGGUACAAGGACCUCGAGACCAUGAGUGGCCGGAUCCGGGCGAUGCGGAGGGCUCUGUACGACUCCUUGAAUAACAAUGGUGCACCUGGUAACUGGGAUCAUUUGAUCCGCCAGUCGGGAAUGUUUGGGUUCUUGGGUCUUGCACCGGAUGUCGUUCAGGAGCUGAAGGUGCAAUACCAUAUCUACAUGGCGGGAAACUCGCGAGUCUCUAUUGCUGGACUCAAUGAUAAGAAUGUGGAGUACGUGGGUCGCUCGAUUGCCGAGUGUCUGAAGAGCAAAUAGAAGAAGCAGUAUGCUAUAUAGAAGAAUAAACUGGAUCUCAUAAAGCAGUCUACGAAGUCCAGUUCAUCAUAUAGGUUCAUCAAAUCCCAUCAAUCUACCCAGCCAUCCCCAACCCAUCAACCACCUAAACCAACACCUUCCUCACCACCUCCACCCUACGCACCACAGAUAUUAGCAACGCAAUAAACAAAACCAGAAGAACGAGCGAGGAGAACUCACACCGCAAACGUCCCCGCCGAAACCGGCAUCGCCCUCGCCAACGCGGGUCC